AUGAAGCUGCAGUCUCUUGUUACUCUCGCCGUCUCGGGCCUUGCCACUGCCCAGAGCCGCCCUAACCUUACUGCUGCUCUUGACUCUGAGAACUCUACCCUCUCUGAGCUUAAUGGCCUUCUCAGGGCUCAGCCCAGUCUUCUUCGAGACCUUGGCCGUCUUAGGAAUGUCACCAUCUUGGCUCCAAGCAACGAUGCCAUCGAGGAACUCCUCAAUGAUACUGCUGUCGCCCGUCUUGUUGAGAGCGACCCCAGUGCUAUCGCUGCUAUUCUUCAGUACCACGUUCUGAACGGUACCUACUAUGCCAGCAACCUCACCGACACACCCGCUUUUGUCCCUACGCUGCUCAACAAUGCGACAUAUGCCAAUGUCACUGGUGGACAGCGUGUCGAGGUCGUUGCCGACAACGAUACCGUCAGCAUCUACAGUGGUCUCCGCCAGCAGGCCAAUGUCACUCAGGCUGACCUCAACUUCACCGGUGGUGUCAUUCAUGUCAUUAACCGCGUUCUCAACAUCCCCAAGAACAUCUCCGACACUGCCAUCGCCGCCAACCUCUCUGCCGUUGCUGGCGCCCUCACCGAGUCCAACCUGAUCUCCAACCUCAGCAGCGCCAGGAACAUCACCCUCUUUGCUCCUAGCAACAGCGCCUUUGCCAACAUUGGUUCCAUCCUGUCCAACUUGAGCGAGUCUGAUCUCGAGAAUAUUCUUGAGUAUCAUGUCGUCGCCGGCACCGUCGGCUACAGCUCUACUCUUGAGAACGGCACCCUCGACACUUCUGGUGGCGAGGAGCUCAACAUUUUUGUCCAGAACGGAAGUGUCUGGGCCAAUGAGGCCAAGGUCAUUGUCCCUGAUGUCCUCAUCGCCAACGGAGUCCUCCACGUCAUUGACGGCGUCCUCAACCCCGACAAGCCCUCGGCUACUGCCAACCCUACCGCCAGCACCCAAGAGGCAGCUUUCUCUGGCGCUAGCUCCGUCAGCGACAUCCCCUUCACUUCGGGUGUUCCCGAGGCUACUGAGCAGGCUACUGGUCUUUCGCCUUCGACUUCGACUGAGGGUGCUGCCCAGGCUACUGCUGCUAUUGCUCUUGGUGCGCUGCUUGGUGGCGUUGCGCUCGCCAUGAACUUUUAA